GGGCACGUGAUCGAUCGAGCUUAGUCAUAUCAUGUGAUGAUCGACGUUUGACGUGUGACGGCAUUAUUUAUAGAGUCGAUCGAGCAGCGCGUCAAUCAAUUUUCCCUGACAAAACAAGUUGUUUAUAGUUAUACCAAGAUGAGCACAGGUUAAAAUUAAGGCAACCUUGAAUCUAAUUGAAACACCACUUAGAUUCGACGAAGACUGAUUUCCUUGUCGACAUCUCGCGACUUAUCUUACUGUAAAUUCUGUGCGGUGGAGUUCGGCCACCACACGCGUACACGUUUACUUUACCCGGUACCAAAUUUGGACGAGUCGCUCGCCGGUAUCUGCCCGCUGCUGGCCGUCCAACUUAGCCUCUUAGUUUGGUCACAGCUCAGCCUCAGCUGGAAGCUAGCCAUACCAUAGAUGUGAAGAUGGGUCGGAAAAGUCAAGAAGGCGGCGGCCGCUGGGGCUCAAGUGUGGACAUCGGUCAUUUUUUAUUUGUUGCUCUGCUUUUCUCAAUGAUCCUGAUUUCAAAUUCAACUUCAAGUUCAAAUUCAAGCCGAAGCAAGAUCAAGACCCAAGAUUAUUUUCCAUGCAGCAAGAGGAACUUCACUUCUGGAGACAGUUUUGUAUGCCAGUGUAACAGUACUUACUGUGACACAAUUGAAGGGUUUCUACCACUUGUUCCCGAUCGUUUUACCUACUACACUUCUAGUAAAUCAAGUGAUCGUCUUACAAAGCGCACAGCACCAAUAUCAUCAAAAUCUAAUGCUUCAGAAUCUACAGUUAUUUUGACAGUUAAUACAUCAUCCUUGUACCAGACCGUCUUGGGUUUUGGUGGUGCUGUGACAGACUCUAUGGCCCUUAGUGUUAAGAACCUAUCUGAAGCAAGCCAGAACAAACUCAUAAGGUCUUACUACUCUGCUGAUGGUCUAGAGUACACACUCUCAAGGAUCAACAUAGGAACAUGUGAUUUCUCGCAGCGACCAUACAGUCUUUGUGAGUCGGAGAAUGAUUUUGAACUGGCAAACUUUUCUCUAGCUGAUGAAGAUAUCAAUUAUAAGAUCCCUGUUCUUCAAGCAGCCAUGAAAGCUAGUGUACGCACUCUAAAGUUCUUCUGUACACAGUGGUCACCUCCAAAAUGGAUGAAGACGAGUGGUACCUACCGAUACAGAGGCCAAGUCAUUGGGGAACCUGGUGGCAAGUAUUACAAGACACUUGCCUUAUAUCUAGCCAAGUUCAUUGAAGGCUAUGCCAAACACAACGUGAGCAUGUGGGGUAUGACAGUACAGAACGAGCCAUGGGCAGGGGCUAUCAAGGACCAACCUAAUGCCUGUAAUUACAUGACCCCUCAGAUGGAGAGAGACUUUGUGAAGCUUGAUCUGGGUCCCACCCUAGAGGAACGUGGUCUGGGGAAUGUCAGUAUCAUGAUGCUGGAUGAUCAAAGGUUUGAGCUUCCCGAUUGGCCUGUUGUGGUUCUUGGUGAUUCUGAGGCCGAGAAGUAUGUCAAGGGUAUCGCUGUUCACUGGUACUGGGACAAACAGUCUCCAACCCUCAAGUUGGAUCUCACCAACAACCUCUUCCCAAGUAAAUUUAUUCUUUACACCGAGGCUUGCCAGGGAACCUCUGAGACGCCUGGUGUUAAGGUGUCCCUGGGAAGCUGGGAACAAGGAGAAGGGUACACCCAGAAUAUCAUACAGAAUAUGAACCACUGGGUGACUGGUUGGGUGGACUGGAACAUGGCUCUUAACAUCCAGGGAGGCCCAAGCUGGAUUGCUCAUAAACUCAAUGCUCCUGUCAUUGUUGAUGCAGAGUAUGAUGUCUUCUACAAGCAACCCAUGUACUACCAUCUAGGUCACUUUAGUAAGUUUGUACCUCCUGAUUCUGUAAGAGUGGAACUUGAGAUAGACCAGAAUGAGGAACAAAAACUUGAUGCUAUCUCCUUCUUAAGACCAGAUGGUUUGGUAGUUCUGGUCGCCAUCAAUGUGCAAGAAGAUCCUAUUCCUAUCACUAUCAACCACAAUGCAACAGGAUUUCUCAACUCGAUCGUUCCGGCCCGCUCAAUACAAACAUACCUCUGGAAGCCAGCUCACUCUUUACACUAGCUCUGAUGGAUAAAGACAACCCAGCACAGUACAGCUUCACAUUGGCUUAUAACCAAAUAUGCAUUAAUAAUCUACCCAUGAGACCUCAUACAGUACAUACCAUAUUUCGCAUUCCACUGCUAUGUUUAUCGUGAAUACUUUCAUAUCUCAUCAUCAUUGAGAAAUAAGAUGGAGUCAAAUUUGCAAUAAUUUCUUGAUGAUUGUUAGAUUGUUUAUAUUUUCUAUGCAACAUUUUGUAUUUUUAUAACUCACCUACAUGUAUGUACUCAAACAAAUUGUAAUACAACCUGUAUGUAUCACUAUCAGUAUCAACCAUUAUUAACAGUGCAUAAACAUUUUAGCUGGAUGAAGAGGUGUUCCAAAUACUAAUGUAAAUAUACACUAUAUGUAUUAAUCUGCAUCAUUAUAUUUUGUGUGAAUGACAUAGUGCAAUCAUGAAUUAAAUCAUUUAUUAUUGUCCAUUUCAAGGUUAUUUCUUAAUUCUUUUUUUAAGUGCCAAUAUUCCAUAUGACAACGUAUAUUUUACCCUACAUCACUUACCUCUGUGUCCUUUUUUGUUAGAUUUUGUGGCCGAAUCACUGUUCAAUCUUGUGUUUUUUUCGUGAUGUUUAUGAAGGAUGCAUACUCCAAUGCCUCAAUUCUAUGUGGUUUAUAGAUAUACUUCUUUAUUUGGGGAGGGUUGUGAUGGGAUUAUAAUUGUGAGUAAUUUUGUUAAUCUUCCUCUGCAUUUUUUGCGAGACUAUGACAUAUGUCUUCCAUUGUUUUAAAGGGAUUGUUUAACUUAAUUCAGGAUGUAAAGAUAUUUUUUCCCUUACUGCUAAUGGUAUAGUCAUAAUUGGAAACCUAUAGGUCAGAAAGGAACUGCCAGAGAUUUUUAAGCUAAUUGGUUUUUCAAUUGCUUUAGUCCUUUGCCUUUUUUAAAUUCUUCCACAGAAGAAUUUCAUGUUUGUUUGAAUAUUUUCAAUUUUGGGUAAUUAUAAUAAUGUUUUGUACUGUAUCUGCCAUUUGGUUUUUAUAAUCCAAGUUAUUUAAGUGUGCUAAAGCUGCUUGUUCUGUUUACUCAGAUAUGUCCUGUGCAUUUUCCCCCCUUUAUUCCUGUAUUGAGCAAUUUGAAUGUUUAAUAGAGUGAGGAAUUACUACUUAAUCUCUGUGAUAAUGAUGACUGCAUCAAUAAGUGUCCAUAUAAAUGAUAAUACAAUAAUUACAUUUAUAUGGCGCAUAAUACUACAUUUAUAUGGCGCUUAAUACUACAUUUAUAUGGCGCUUGAUAAUACAUUUAUAUGGCGCUUAAUACUACAUUUAUAUGGUGCUUGAUUAUACAUUUAUAUGGCACUUAAUUAAUACUACAUUUACAUGGAGCUUAAUACUACAUGUAUAUGGGGCUUAAUACUACAUUUAUAUGGCGCUUAAUACUCGGUGUUUCAAAGUGCUUUACAUUGUGAUUAUUAUUACCCUGGUCAUCGGAUCCUUGCAUGCCCGCACACGAUAUAUGCACUUUCUCCAUUCCCUGGGGAGCAUUCCAACAAGAGUUCCAAAACUUGAUUGCUAGGCAUACUACAUCCUGGGUACCCAUUUAACACUGGGGUGGAGAGAGGUAAAGUGUGGAUUGACGCCUUGCCAUAGGUUGCUAGGCCACAGGGGAUUUGAACACACGACCCUCUGAUUUACAAUGCGAGAGUUAACACUGUAGGCUAAGGAGGGAAAAUAAUAACUUUUUAACUUAUUGUGAAGAUUUUAAAUAAUGCUUAUGAAAUUGAAUUUUAAGGGUUUUCUCUUAAAAUAUUGUAACAUGCACUGAGAGCAGAACGGGCCCCACAGCUUAGAUUUUUGCAAAUCUCUACAAAGUUUUAAUAUAACAUCUGAUUAUAUAUAUUCAUACAGUUUAUCUGAUGUAAGUUCUGCAAUUCUCCUAUCAGGUUAAAUAGACGGGUAAGCAGAGGCAUAAUAUAUGUUUUAUGGUACCAAAUACCAUUUUCAAAGUGUUUAAAAAAUGUUUAAAUGUGUCAGUGUGAUUUAUAGAUGCCAAUUUCUACCUCUAUUAAUGUAUAAUGGUUUUCUAAGCAAAUUUCUUUGCGAGGUACCUCCAAGGAUUCAAUUGAAAUGCACUCUGCACUUAAAUAAAGAUCUAUAAAACGGGCAACAUGUACUUUUAUUAUUCAUUAGGGUAUGAUAGUUCCUCAGCAUGAAUAGAACAGAAUUGUUUAUGUCUCAUUAAUUUCUCCUCAAGAGAUCAAUAGAUGAAAUAUACUUUAAAAAAACAAUGUUUAUCAAUGUACAUAAAAUGUAUUAAAGAGAGAGACAAAAGUUACGGUAUGCCUUAUCUGAACAUCACUUUAUACUCUCUGCCAAAAAUCUAAUCCUGCCCAUUUGCUCUUCAUGUAUAAACGGUAGACAUGGUUUGGUUUUUGCCCAAGGCAUGUCUGACAUAUCAAUUAGUAUGGAAAUUGGAGUCCAGGCACGAAGAAGCAAAUUAAUUAUGAAUACAUGACUGGCUAUGUACAUGUGUUUCUAGAGACUAGUAUCCUGUUUCAUGAUUGGAUUAAAGCUUCUUCACUGGUUGUACCAUGUGCAGUAAGAAAAUUCAUCAGUUUUCAGAUUCUUCAAUAGAAGCAAUCAAUGUAGGAGUCAUGUAGCAGUCAUGCAACAUUUGCUCCUCCACUGAUUUUUCUGAAGAUAAAUGUAUAAGGUGAUGGGGUACUUGGUUCAGAAUCGUAUGAGCAUCGGGAUUGAGGUGCAGGUAUUACCUCAGGUUUAUGUUUGGCUUGAUGAGCACAUGUAGGAGCAAUUGUCAUGGAACCCAUUUACAGGUAACAACCAUAAAACGUGUGCUCCGAAAGAAAUGUGCAAUAAUUCAAAAUAAUUACUUUACAAACUGGUCUACUCCAUUCUGUCCUGAAUUGCUGGAGGCACAAUAUUGUAGGUGAUUGCCAAGUUCUAUAGAUAGAGGAAAAUACCAGCUAUGGGUGAUGCAUAUGGAUUUAUAGGAAACUGUAAGAAGAAUGAUAUGUUGAGAAAAAAUCACAAGCUACAAAUUUCAUUUCUUCCUCUAACAUUUUUUUUUACCCCCGACACGUUUACUUCUUGAUAUUUUUUUCCUUUAUUAUUUACACCAAACUGAUCCCAUCACCACCUACUAUUUGCUAGGUAAAAAAUUACUAAUAUUGUGAAGAAUCUGGAGAAAUCCCUAAGUGAAUAGUUCUUAUAUUAUCAUGGAAGUAGUUUGUAUAAUUUGUAAGUAACCAUGCAAUGUUCAUGGAAUGAUGAUAUUUCUGUAACAAAUAAUUUGUACAUAAUUGAAAGUGGAUGAAGAGAUGAUUGCAGAAUAGAUAUUUAAAUGAAA